AUGCAUUCCGAGUCUGAGCAGCCCAGACUUGGUAUCGUCCAUGUGCAUUGCACGUGUUUCCGAAGUCAAAAGAAAAGUGGCCGUCCCUACAACGUGCAGCUGUCAGUUCAGAGUGCCACCGGUGUGCCUCGUACCACUACCUGUGAAUGCCCCGCAGGAAAGAGUGGAGCCUGCAGCCACAUCCUUGCAGCAGUACGCCUGCUAGCCCUGCUGAAGCAGCAAGGAUUUGCGGAGCCGCCACCAGAACUUUCCUGCACAGAGCUGCCUCAGCAGUGGAGACGCCCGAGACAGAAAGGCAUAAAGCCUGCAAGUGUUCUAGACGUAGACUGGCGAGCCCCACGAGAAGGUGUGCAGUUGCCAGUGACUGCUCGCCUUUCAGAUGCAAGCUUGGACUACCAAGAUGAAGCUAGCCAAGUAGCCGCAAUCCAGUCACUUGGUGCGGAGCUAGAGUCACUGGGUGACUUUCCUUUUGCCGCUGUCUUACUGGACGUGCAGGCUCCUCUGGUGAAGACAAAGGCAGGUCUUGCUCCAGCAGACUCUCCACUGACAUACCAGCAGUCGGACAGGCCGCAUGAUUUUAAGACGUGGAUGUCGUCAACCAUAGCCCCUGGUGCAGGCACUAGUUGUGCUGUCCCACGACUGGCGCUUUUCACUGGUGCAGUGCAGCACACAUUUCCUGAUGUCCUCACAGUUGACGAACAACAAAUUCUGAUGCACCUUCAACUUGCUCCUGAGGAAGCCCAGGACCUAGAAGUGAAUACCAGGCAGCAGGCCCUGAGCGACAGAUGGCACUCUGCACGACAUCACCGCCUCACAGCGUCCACCUUUGGCAGGGUGAUAAAGCGGAAAGAAUGGACCGAGAAAGGACUAAGAAACCUCUUAGACCCAAAGGAUCUGUCCCGUGUACGAGCUAUACAAUAUGGAAAGAAAAAUGAGUCUGUUGCUGCAGAGCGGUAUGCCACUACAAUGAGAGCUGCAGGACACAACGUGACCCUGCAACAUUGUGGCCUUGCUGUGCACCCUAGCUGUCCAUGGCUGGGUGCAAGCCCGGAUAGGUUGGCCUUUGACCCCGAAGAAGGCACCUAUGGUGUGGUAGAGAUAAAGUGCCCCUACUCUUUAAAAGACAGUGAAGCCAAUACUGUAACCACCAAAAACUUUUGUCUUACAUUUGUUGAUGAUACACCGCAGCUCAAGAGAGAUGACGAAUAUUUUUAUCAAGUUUUAGGACAGAUGGCUGUCACAGAAUGCCAGUGGGCGGACUUCGUAGUUUUUUCGGAAAAGUGGAUAGCUGUGGAGCGCAUUUAUUUUGAUCAACAGAAGUGGGACAAUGUUAAGGCACAGUUAGAUGAUUUCUUUUUUACUACAGCUCUGCCUUACUUUGCUGCUCGUAACACUGCUGCGUUGUUAUAAUUCUGGCAAUAUAUGUUUUGUAAUGAGGUUGCAUUGAUAUGUGGAUUGAACAUUUUUCUUCAUUGUAGUGAUCUACUUUGCAGCUUGUGAGCGAUCACAACGUUGUUCUAGCAGAUUUAUCAGUUCUGUAUGUGAAGGUUGCGAAAACACCUAGUCGAAAGAUUUAUGCCUACAGCGGGGCCAACUACGAGGCGAUUAGCGCUGCUUUCGAGUCGUUCUUUCCAACUUUUGAUGCACUCGCAGAUGAUCUAGAUAUCGAACAACUGUGGAAUACUUUCAAACUGAAAAUGUUUGAACUACGUGAAGGUUUUGUCCCAUCACGAGUUAUAUCAAGUAGGCGAGCUCAAGACAAACCCUGGUUUAAUGCAGAGUUACGUGCCCUUGUUCGAUGACAGCGACGAACUUAUCAGAUACAAGGCGUCUAAUUCGCCAGAGCAUUUGGCCUUGCUGAAAGCAAUAGAAAUUGAAUUUAGACAAAAGUCUGACAUCGCUAAGGACUUGUAUUUUUUUAAUCUAGAUGAAAGACUUUUCAGGGAUACCAAAGAAUUUUGGAGGUAUGU